CCCGGGAGAUGCGGAGCCGCCGCGGCGGCGGCGGCGGGAUCGGCGCGACCGGACCGGCGCCCCCGAGACUAUAGCCUUCGUUUUCCCUUGGGUCGCCAUGGAGCCCUUCUGUCCGCUCCUGCUGGCCAGUGUUAGCCUGCCCCUCGCCAAGGCUUUCAAGGGCAACGAGACCACCACCGCGCAGAGCAACUGGACCUCCACGACCGCAGGCCCUCCGGCCCCUGGCGCGCCGCAGCCCCUGCUGGCCUGGUUGCUGCUGCCCGUGCUGCUCUGCCUGCUCCUCGCCGCCUACGUCUUCAGGUUCAGGAGGCAGAGGAAGGCAGUGGUCAGCUCCAAUGACAAGAAGAUGCCAAACGGAAUCCUAGAAGAGCAAGAGCAGCAAAGGGUGAUGCUUCUUAGCAGGUCCCCCUCGGGGCCCAAGAAGUACUUUCCCAUCCCCGUGGGGCACCUGGAGGAGGAGAUCCGGGUCCGGUCGGCGGAUGACUGCAAGAGGUUUCGGGAGGAGUUCAAUUCACUGCCGUCUGGACACAUACAAGGAACUUUUGAACUGGCCAAUAAAGAAGAAAACAGAGAAAAAAACAGAUACCCCAACAUCCUUCCCAAUGACCAUUCCAGGGUGAUUUUAAGCCAAGUGGACGGAACCCCAUGUUCAGACUACAUCAAUGCUUCAUACAUAGAUGGUUAUAAAGAGAAGAAUAAAUUCAUAGCAGCUCAAGGCCCUAAACAGGAGACAGUGAAUGACUUCUGGAGAAUGAUCUGGGAACAGAAGUCUGCAACCAUCGUCAUGUUGACGAACCUGAAAGAAAGAAAAGAGGAGAAGUGCUAUCAGUACUGGCCGGACCAGGGCUGCUGGACCUACGGAAGCAUCCGGGUGUGCGUGGAGGACUGCGUGGUCCUGGUGGACUACACCGUCCGGAAGUUCUGCAUUCAGUCCCAGCUCCCCGACGGCUGCAAAGCCCCUCGGCUCGUCUGCCAGCUGCACUUCACCAGCUGGCCCGACUUCGGAGUGCCUUUCACCCCCAUCGGGAUGCUCAAGUUCCUGAAAAAAGUGAGGACACUCAACCCCACGCACGCCGGGCCCAUAGUGGUCCACUGUAGCGCGGGCGUGGGCCGGACGGGCACCUUCAUGGUGAUCGAUGCCAUGAUGGACAUGAUGCAUGCCGAGCAAAAGGUGGACGUCUUUGAUUUCGUGUCCAGAAUCCGCAAUCAGCGGCCUCAGAUGGUUCAGACGGACAUGCAGUACACGUUCAUCUACCAAGCCUUACUGGAGUACUACCUCUACGGGGACACCGAGCUGGACGUGUCCUCCCUGGAGAAGCACCUGCAGACGCUGCACGGCAGCGCCACCCACUUCGACAAGGUCGGGCUGGAGGAGGAGUUCAGGAAAUUGACAAAUGUCCGGAUCAUGAAGGAGAACAUGAGGACAGGCAACCUGCCGGCCAACAUGAAGAAGGCCAGGGUCAUCCAGAUCAUCCCAUAUGACUUCAACCGCGUCAUCCUUUCCAUGAAAAGGGGCCAGGAGUACACGGAUUACAUCAACGCAUCCUUUAUAGAUGGCUACCGGCAGAAGGACUACUUCAUCGCCACCCAGGGGCCCCUGGCGCACACGGUGGAGGACUUCUGGAGGAUGGUCUGGGAGUGGAAGUGCCACACGAUCGUGAUGCUGACCGAGGUCCAGGAGAGAGAGCAGGAUAAAUGCUACCAGUACUGGCCGACAGAGGGCUCAGUGACUCAUGGAGAAAUAACGAUCGAAAUAAAGAGCGAUACCCUUUCUGAAGCCAUCAGUAUACGAGACUUCCUGGUCACUUUCAAUCAGCCCCUGGCCCGCCAGGAGGAGCAGACCCGGGUCGUGCGACAGUUCCACUUCCACGGCUGGCCGGAGAUCGGGAUCCCCGCCGAGGGCAAAGGCAUGAUCGACCUCAUUGCGGCCGUGCAGAAGCAGCAGCAGCAGACGGGCAACCACCCCAUCACGGUGCACUGCAGUGCUGGAGCUGGGCGUACAGGGACUUUCAUAGCACUCAGCAACAUUCUGGAACGGGUCAAAGCUGAGGGACUUCUAGACGUAUUCCAAGCUGUGAAGAGUUUACGACUUCAGAGGCCACAUAUGGUGCAAACCCUGGAACAGUAUGAAUUCUGCUACAAAGUGGUACAAGAUUUUAUUGAUAUAUUUUCUGAUUAUGCUAAUUUCAAAUGAAAAUUCCUGCCUUAAAAUAUUUUUUAAUUUAAUGGUCAGUAUAUUUUGUAAAAGUCAUGUUAAUUUAUUUCAUAGUUGACAUUAAUAUCCUCCUAAUUUCUUUGUAUAUAUUUUGUUAUGCUUUAAAGGCCACCUGCUGUAAAGUUAUUAAAUCUUAAAUACCCCUUUUAAAAACUGGAAUAAUGUAUUAAGGUCAAAUAAUAUUCCAUAAAAUAUAUAUUUCUGCUAAUAUCAGUAAAAAUAUUUUAAUUUUUCAUUAGAUUCAUAUCAUUUCAUUUCACACAGUCAGCACCUCUAAAUGUUAAAAAUCUUAAUAUGACAAGUGUGUUUAUUUAUGCAAGAUACUAACCACAACUUCGUUAGAAAACAGUCGAGGCCUCAGAAAUCGGUGGAAAAUACAUUUUCCUGACACUGACUUUACAGCCCUGAGCAGUGGCGGUUUUUUGAAAGCAAACUGUUUGUGAAGAUACAGUGUAAAUAGGGAAUUCUGUAGUCCUCAGUCUCAGCCCACGUGGUUUAUCUUUACCUUUUAAAGAUCAAAGAAGACUUCACAACCUGAGUCCAAGUCUAAAACACACUGGAGUAGUCAGUGACUAUAUAGUAAUACUUAAAAAUGCAUUUAUUCAAGGCUGUAUCGUGCCAUCUUGGCCAGAUGAGAAAAGAUGUAAAGGCCAGCGGUCCAGUUCGCCCGGGCCUUGGGUCCGGCAAAACCAGUUAUCAGAGCUUCAGUCCCACGGCGCUGGGCGCCACUUUCUGUCCGUCUGUCUGAGAAUCACACCCACCGCACUUCUCACUCUCCCCUGCCCCCCCCGCCCCCGCCAUUCUGCCCUGCUUGUCGUGAGCUGUGCCUCAAGGCAUGACAAAAAGCCGCUUCCCAUUCCAAAAGGUCAGAUAGAGCAUCUGACACGCACGGAAGCGAGGAGCUCCCGCCUGGUAGAAACAGUGGGACAGCCACAAGCAAUUAUGCUUUCGACUUUCUGAGAAGCAUUUUGGUAUUUAAAAAUCUCUUGUAAAAGCUAAGACUGUUUGUAAGAAAAGAAAUCUUAAAAAAAUCUAGAUUUAUACAGUUUUUUUUAAAGUCCCACUCCUCGAUAUUUAAUAAAAGAAAAAGAGAAAUCCUUAAUCUAAAGGCUAAUUUAUUUUUGAAUGGUUACUAGUGAGACCUCUGACACUGGAUAAUAAUGAUCUCACUGCCAGACAGGAUUGGCUUAUGGGGCAAAAAAAAAGAGAAGGGAUGAAUGUAGAAAGGUUUGAUUUAAUGGCAGUGAUCUGUCUGUGGCUGUUAGGUACCUAGCAGAUGAGCACAAUAUAAAAAAAAGACAUCUGAAAACAUUUAACAUGUGCAUUUUUGGGUACACUUUUUGCUUUUUAAAAGAGAGGUGAAUCUGAAGGCCUUUAUUUGGUAUUUCCACUGGUAACUGAUUGCACAAAGGUAACCCAGGGUAAGUUACGUCCUAAUAACAAGCCCACGGGUAAUCAAGCUUCUGCCACUCCUCCGAGCCCCACCCAAGGGUCAGAUGAGGUGCCCAGCUGGACGGACAAAAGCACAACUUUGUGAGCGCUGCCAUGGCCACCAGCCUGCAGCCCUGGGCUUCACACACAGCUGAAUGCGUCCCUCACCCUUCUGGGUUCAAUGAUUACGCAUUUGGGUCGAAGAGAAAAUGGAGGGAGCUUUGCAAGAUGCACCUGGUGGCCCUGUUUGUUUUCAUUGUUAAAGUCCCAAGCCCGAAGCCCUUCUUGACUAAAGGGGAAGAGAGAAAACUGAGCACCAAAGCCUAGAAACAGAGCCGGUGUUUGUGGUGAAGGCGACAUAUAGGGGUCAUAGAGUCGAGGCGAGGCGCCUGGAUUGGGGUCCAAAUUUAGGAGCCUUUAAUGAGAAUCCUUCAGGCCCUUCAGUGGUCUUACUGGCAUCUCUUGUCUUGAGAUUAAGGUAGACCUUCUCGGGGAAGCGCCCCGUCUGUGUGUUCUUCUGCCCCCUUGGUGCAUCCCCCUUGUCUGCUGAGGUUCCGCCCUUGUGGUUCUGAGAACAGAGCAGAAGCCACUGUCCCUGGGUUGCAGGACCCCCUCCGCCUUUGGGGCAGUACUUGCCUCGCAGUAGCUGCAGCCUCCUGGCCUCGGCCGUGGUCCCGGUUCAGACAGCCUUGGUGGGCGCUCCGGGACUUCUGUCCUCUCUGUCCCGCUGGGAUAGGUUGACUCUUCCUCCCCUUCGGUCAAAGAAAGUCCAUUGUACAUAACAAAACAGCGCCAGGCUGGUAAAGUCAUUUUUCUUUGCCAGUUUUCUCCAUUGCAUGCGGCUACAUUCAAAUGCCAAAUAGCGAUUAGAAGACUACCAUUCUGAUCUCCUUGCUGUAUCGGUCACUGUGUGACUCACUUUACUGUUUCUCUCCAUGUGCUCUACGAAUGAAGAAUGCAUACCAGUGUUUUAAAAGGUAUUUUUAUGUGUUUUUAAAAACUUUUUAAAACGAGCCUGACACCUGUUUCAGCAUUUGGAGUCAUGCCCAUGUUAUUUUUUUAAAUGUGUGAUUACUGAUACUUCUGUUAUGUUUGUGUUAAUUUAUGUGCAAUCUUUAUAAUAUAUGUAUGUAUUCCGGUUUCAACUCUCAUUUUUUUCUUUUAUUCCAUUUAUCAUUUGAUCUUGCUCUGAUUAUGAUGCCAGUGAAUGCUGCUGAAUUCUUUGUAUAUGCAAAUUGCAAGAUCCAAAACAUUCUGAUGCAAGGAUAAACCUUUACUUUGACUUCCA